AUUUUAAAUAUAUGAAUAUAUGUUCGUAUUGUUGUGGAGGGGAGCUCCUUUUUUUGUGUAGUACCUGCAGGUUAUUUGCAGAAUUCUUAUGAAUGGCCUUAUAUUUUGAUUACAAGAGAUCUAUUUUAUAUGAAUGGUAUUGUAAUUAUUAUGGCAAGUGUUUAUUCAUAUGUUCUUAGGCUUUAGGAAUGUAAGUUGUCUCAUAUUUCGUACUAGUCACCCCUAAAUUUUUGGGGUGUGACACUUGGUGUACGAGGUAAGCCUAAACCAUCAUACAUGUGAUGUUCUUUCAUUUUGAGGGGAAAAUAUUUAUUGAAAAAAAAAAUUCUAACUUUAGCAUUUUGCUGUUUGAUUUUGGAUAAGUGCGAGCUUAGCAUCGUCUGAAAGAUCAAAAGUGAGAAGCAGAUAUGGAGAAAUUAGGAGAUAUCAUAUGGGAUAUUACAAAGUAUUUAUGUGGUUGCGCCAAACAAGAAACUGAGUUUAUUUAUAAGUUGGAGGAGAAUGUGCAAGCUCUGAAAAUUAAAUGGGAAAAGCUUGAAGCUAGAAAGAAGGAUGUGGAAGAACAAAUUGAGAAAGCUGAGGGUACCGGAGAGGAGCAAAGGACACAUGAAGUCAAUCUUUGGCUCCAACGUGUCCACAACAUUCAAAAGUCAACUUCCAAAAAGGAGAGAGCUUGGAUGAGCGAAGAGUACAGCCUCACUAUUUUGCUGAAGCGAAGUAGUUGUAAGGCGACCUCAUCUCCGUCUUCUUCCUCCCCAGAUUUGGCGACUCAUCUACGUCUUCUUCAUCCGGCGACCUCUCCUCCAUCUUCUUCUCCCGGCGACCUCAUCUCUAGCCAUCAUCGAGCUCAUCUCUUUCCCACUUUUUUUGGAUCUGAUCUUCCAUCAUUGGCUCCAUUUUCAGCGUUCGAAAAUGAUUUUACAGAGAACCGGGUAACCCACCCAACCAGUGGGUUACCCAAGUUUUUAUCGGUUGAUACCGGUUUGGAUCGGUUGACACCGGUUCAGUUUUUAGCCGGUUUAGAGCGUGAUUCGGACCGGACAAGUGGCCGGUUCACCGGUUUCCGUAUUCAUCACAGCAAUAAGCAUUGUGUGCUUAUUAUUGAAGUGGAAGACAAUCAAGUUCAAGGAGCCCAAGAAAUCCAAAACAAAUGCCUAAGCAAGUGUUGUCCCAAGAAUUGCAAGUCAAGCUACAAGGUGGGAAAGAAUGUUGCCAAGAUACUCACUGAAGUAGAUGAUCUAACGGCCGAGGGACAAAGAUUUGGUAAGGAUUAUCCAAUUACGCACAAGCCACCACAUAAAGGAAUUGGUCAAAUACCUCUUGAUGAGACUGUGGGGCAAGAUUUGAUAUUUGAUCAAGUAUGGAGUAGAAUUGAAGCAAAUAAUGUUGGUGUUAUAGGUUUAUAUGGGACUGGAGGGGUAGGAAAGACCACUUUAUUGAAGAAAAUUAGUAAUGAACUUGGGAAGAGAAAGCCCGAUUUUCUUGUGAUUUGGGUGGUGGUAUCCAAAGAGCUUGACUUGGAUGCAAUCAUGGACAAUAUAAGAAAAUCAGUAGGAAUUGGAGAUGUUACUUGGAGUUCUUGCAAUAAUCAAGAGGAAAAAUCUUCAAAGAUUUGGGGUGUGUUGAAGCAGAAAAAAUUUGCUUUAUUACUAGAUGAUAUGUGGGAGAGAUUGGACUUGAAUUUGGUGGGGGUACCCCAUCCAAAAGAUUCAAACUUUGAGUCCAAAGUGUUAUUCACAACACGAUUGGAGGAUGUAUGUGCAAAAAUGCAAGCUCCAAAACCACUCAAAGUGGACUUUUUGAAUGAAAAAGAAGCAUUAGAGUUAUUUCAUAUGAAAGUUGGAGAGGAAACUUUAAACUCCCACCCUAGGAUCAAAGACCUAGCAAAAGAAAUGGCAGCAGAGUGUAGAGGGCUGCCUCUUGCGUUAAUUGUGGUAGGACUUGCCAUGGCUGGUGUGAAAGAUGUUAAAGCAUGGGAGUCCUCAAAAAAUAACUUGACAAGUUCUCCAUGGACCACUACAGAUUUGGACACAAAAUUUUUUUCCAUCCUUAAGUUGAGCUAUGAUCAAUUGCCGGAUGAUACUCACAGAAAUUGUUUCUUGUAUUGUGCAUUAUAUCCAGAAGACUAUGAGAUUCAAGUCACUGAUAUCAUCUAUAAAUGGAUAGGGGAGGGGUUUAUUUGUAAAGGUAUGACACAAAACAUACAAGACAUUCGUAAUAAUGGUCAAUCUGUGAUUACGAAGUUGAAGCUUUGUUGCUUGUUGGAGAGUGUUGAAGAUGAUGUUGUUUUAAGUCGUUCAUUUAAGAUGCAUGAUAUGAUUCGAGAGAUGGCACUGUGGUUAUCUUGUGAAAAAAAUAAAAGAAUUAAAAGGGUUCUUGUACAAGAAGAUGCCAUAACAACAUCCCAUGAUGAUGUUGAAAAAUGGAGAAUUGUUGAGAGGAUUUCAAUUAUGAAUAGGGAAGUACGGCAUGUAGCACCUGUAACCUAUCCCAAUUUAGUAACAUUAUUGUUGAGGCGUUGUCGUAUACAACAUUUGCAAAACCUCAAAUGCAUGAGCAAAUUAAAGGUGUUAGAAUUACGUUGUCCUGAUAUAUGUGAACUUGCAGAAAUUGGUGAGUUAGUUCUAUUGGAAUAUCUUUGUUUAAACAUAGAUGGAUCUGAGUGUCCCAAGGAGUUGAAGAAUUUGAAGAAUUUGAAGGUAUUCAAUUUGCACUUGAGUGAUGGUAAUAUUGCAAGCAUUCCAUCGGGAGUGAUAUCAAGUCUUCAACAAUUAAGAGUAUUGAGAGUUUAUUGCCGGAGGGGAGUUCGAGAAAAUAGCGAAGCAGAGGGAGAAUUCCUAGAGGAGGUGGAAUCUUUGCCAAAAAUUGAGGAAAUAAAUGUUGCAAUAGAAACAGAAAAUGGCCUCAAAAAGUUACUUCAGUCAGACAAAUUGCUGAGUUGUAUAUAUGCUGUUCGCCUCCAUGAAUUGGACACCAUUGAGAUGCCUUUAUUAUUGGCAUGCAUUUCAAAAAUGAAGCGCCUCCAACAAUUGGCUCUGCUUCAAUUAUCUGGUUUGAAAGAUUAUUCUGGUAUUUCUGAUGACACCUAUUGUCUAGGCAUGCUUCAAAGCGUGUUUAUCGCUGGUUGCCAUUCAUUAAUGCAUGUCACAUGGCUCAAGCAUGCUCCACUGCUUCAACUACUUGUCAUUACUGAGUGCCCAUCAGUGGAAGAAGUGAUAAAGGAAGAUGAGAAUGAGGAUUCUUCUUCUGUAUUCUCUUCCCUUGUAAACCUAUAUCUGUAUGGAAUGCCAAAGCUUCAGAGCAUCCAUAAGACCGCCUUGUCUUUUCCUUCCCUAAAAACCAUCACUAUAGCAGAAUGUCCAAAUCUGAAAAGGCUACCACUUCCUUCCAACUCUGCCAAACAACUAAUUAUCCGCGGACACGAAGAUUGGUGGAACAGUUUGGAAUGGGACGCCAAACACAAUUUCCAAUCAAAAUUUCAGCCCCUCACGUCGGAUGACCUCAACAUAAAUUUUCAAGAUUGGCUUCCUGCUGUGGGAUUGGAUUUCCUUGUUGGUUCUUACAGCUUCGUUGAUUUCACUGAAGGUUGA